UGGAGGGGGCUUUGGGGCUGCAGGCGCCACUGGCCGAACCUCCCCGCCUGACCCAGGCCCACUCCUUCCCGGGCAUGCUGCGGCGGGGCAGCCUGGCGCUCCGGCGCUUCUCCACGGGCCGGGUUUAUUUCCAAAAUAAGCUGAAGUUGGCCCUCAUUGGCCAGAGCCUGUUUGGACAGGAAGUCUACAACCAACUCUGCAGACAGGGCCACCACGUUGUGGGUGUGUUCACAGUUCCAGACAAAGAUGGGAAAGCUGACCCGCUGGCUUUAGCUGCAGAAAAAGAUGGAACCCCUGUGUUCAAGUUUCCUCGUUGGAGAGUCAAGGGCAAGACCAUCCGGGAGGUGGUGGAGGCAUAUAAAUCCGUGGGUGCUGAGCUGAAUGUGCUCCCUUUCUGCACUCAAUUCAUUCCCAUGGAUGUGAUUGACAGCCCCAAGCACGGUUCCAUCAUUUAUCACCCAUCCAUCCUUCCCAGACACAGAGGCGCCUCUGCCAUCAACUGGACUCUCAUUAUGGGAGAUAAGAAAGCUGGGUUUUCUGUUUUCUGGGCUGAUGACGGCUUGGACACUGGCCCCAUCCUUCUUCAGAGGUCAUGCGAGGUGGAACCCAAUGACACAGUGGACGCACUUUAUAAUCGCUUUCUUUUUCCUGAAGGAAUAAAGGCCAUGGUGGAAGCGGUCCAGCUCAUCGCUGAUGGAAAAGCUCCUCGGAUUCCCCAGCCAGAAGAAGGGGCAACUUACGAAGGUAUCCAGAAAAAGGAAAAUGCAGAGAUUUCAUGGGAUCAGUCUGCAGAAGUCCUACAUAACUGGAUCCGGGGUCAUGAUAAAAUGCCUGGAGCUUGGAGCCAGAUAAAUGGACAGAUGGUCACUUUCUAUGGCUCAUCAUUACUGAAUGGUACUGUGCCUGCUGGGGAACCCCUGGAGAUCAAAGGCGCCAAGAAGCCUGGUCUGGUUACCAAAAACGGACUUGUGCUUUUUGGUAAUGAUGGAAAUGCCCUGUUGGUGAGAAGUCUGCAGUUUGAAGAUGGGAAAAUGAUUCCUGCCUCGCAAUACUUUUCAGCGGGGGAGACGGCCACAGUAGAACUCACAGUCGCUGAGCUGCAGGUGGCGGAGACCAUCAAGAUCAUCUGGGCUGGAAUUUUAAGCAAUGUCCCUGUUAUAGAAAACUCAACAGACUUCUUUAAAUCUGGAGCAAGCUCUAUGGAUGUUGUCAGGCUGGUUGAAGAGAUCAGGCAGAAAUGUGGUGGGCUUCAGUUACAGAAUGAAGAUGUCUAUAUGGCCACUAAAUUUGAAGAUUUCAUCCAAAAGGUUGUGAGGAAGCUCAGAGGAGAAGAUCAGGAGGCAGAGCUAAGAGUGGAUUAUGUUUCAAAGGAGGUCAAUGAAAUGACAAUAAAUAUGCCAUAUCAGUGUUUUAUAAAUGGACAGUUCACAGAUGCCGAUGAUGGGAAAACUUAUGACACAAUCAAUCCAACAGAUGGCUCUACAAUAUGCAAAGUAUCCUAUGCUUCCUUGGCGGAUGUUGAUAAAGCAGUGGCAGCAGCCAAGGAUGCUUUUGAAAAUGGUGAAUGGGGACGAAUGAAUGCAAGAGAAAGAGGAAGACUGAUGUACAGACUUGCAGACCUACUGGAAGAGAACCAAGAAGAGUUGGCAACCAUUGAAGCCCUUGAUUCAGGCGCUGUCUAUACUCUGGCUCUGAAGACUCACAUUGGAAUGUCUGUGCAAACUUUCAGAUACUUUGCGGGCUGGUGUGACAAAAUUCAGGGUUCUACAAUUCCAAUCAACCAGGCCCGACCAAACCGCAACCUCACCUUCACUAAGAAGGAACCUCUUGGCGUCUGUGCCAUCAUCAUCCCCUGGAACUACCCACUCAUGAUGCUGGCCUGGAAGAGCGCCGCGUGCUUGGCUGCGGGCAACACCUUGGUGCUCAAACCAGCACAGGUCACGCCCCUGACGGCUUUGAAGUUUGCAGAGCUGUCUGUGAAAGCCGGCUUCCCCAAGGGGGUCAUCAAUAUCAUCCCAGGCUCAGGGGGUGUAGCUGGCCAGCGCCUGUCAGAGCAUCCAGAUAUCCGCAAACUUGGCUUCACAGGAUCCACCCCUGUCGGCAAACAGAUCAUGAAGAGCUGUGCUGUGAGCAACUUGAAGAAAGUUUCCCUUGAACUGGGUGGCAAAUCCCCACUUAUAAUAUUUCACGACUGUGAGCUUGACAAGGCCGUGCGAAUGGGCAUGGGAGCAGUGUUUUUCAACAAAGGAGAGAACUGUAUUGCUGCAGGACGGUUAUUUGUGGAAGAAUCCAUCCAUGAUGAAUUUGUGACUAGAGUGGUGGAAGAAAUUAAAAAGAUGAAAAUUGGUGAUCCGCUUGACAGAUCCACUGAUCACGGACCCCAGAAUCACAAGGCCCACCUGGAAAAGCUUCUGCACUACUGUGAGGCUGGAGUGAAGGAAGGUGCCACUUUGGUGUACGGAGGAAGGCAGGUCCGGAGGCCAGGCUUCUUUAUGGAACCCACCGUCUUCACAGAUGUGGAGGACCACAUGCAUCUUGCCAAAGAGGAAUCCUUCGGGCCUAUUAUGAUCAUUUCUAAAUUCCCAAAUGGGGACAUUGAUGGUGUGUUGCAGCGAGCGAACAAUACAGAGUACGGCCUGGCGUCCGGGGUUUUCACCCGGGACAUAAAUAAAGCGCUGUAUGUGAGUGAGAAACUGGAUGCAGGAACAGUGUUUAUUAACACCUACAACAAGACGGACGUGGCGGCCCCUUUUGGUGGAGUGAAGCAAUCUGGCUUUGGCAAAGACCUAGGGGAGGAAGCGCUCAACGAAUACCUCAAGACCAAGACGGUGACGCUGGAGUACUAGAGCGAGGCACUCCCCAGAGACACUCGG